GGGCGGGGCGGCGGGGCGCUCGAGCGGGGCGGCCGUGAGUAGAUGCAGCGCGGUGACCCGACAGGCGGCCGUCUGCGAGGGGAAGCUGUGCUGCCGUGCUCGGCCCACCGCCUGGCCCUGCAGGUACCUCCCGACGCGCUGGUAGGCAGCCUUCGUAGGAUCGUUAAGGAAUGGCUCAAGAAGAGAUGGAAGUCGACCUCCAACCAGUGGCUGAUUACCCCGCAGAGAACCACAGGACGCUUCCCCCAGAGCCCUCGGGCCACACCACGGUGCUCAGCAGCGAAGGAGGCAGCGUGACUGUCAUCUCUGACGACGAGGCUGUCGGCGCAUCGAGCGCUGGGACAGGGCAAGCAGCUGCCGGGCCCGACCACCCAGCGAAUCCCAGCGGACUGCAGGGGUUUCCAGGGGUGUUCGAUCAGCUCCCGCUGGUGCCCGGGCCGCAGGCUGCGACACGGCCACCAGUGAGAAGGGCUCGCAGGCAGCAGAGGAUCGGGGGCUCCCAGAGGACGGUCAGUGCCAGGGCACCGUUGCACAGUUACUUCCAAAUCAGCAGGAGCCAGGAGCAAGCUACGACACCAGCUGCGCGUCUGGAGCUCUUGCGUGUCGCGGGGAGCAGCCAGGAAGAUGGGGCUCCUGAAACAGAGCUGAGUGGCUCUGCCAGCAGCGCUUCUGAGGAGGAGGAGGAAGAGGCGGAGGCUGCAGCACCGCCGUCCCCAGCAGCCCAGGAGCCGCCUGCAGCAGCCAGCUCAGUUUCCAGUCAGGCCCAAGCAGAGCUGCCUCAAGCUUCUGCAGGACGUGGAAGUUACGAAGAUGAAGGGGCUGAACUCCAGCAAAAGCAGAGAACUCCACUAAAGCAGUCGGAGCCGUCGGUUCCCGUUGCCUCGCUGGAGGAGGAGGAGGGGGAUACCUGUGCCAUCUGUUUUGAGCAGUGGACCAACGCUGGGGAACACCGCCUGUCGGCGCUGCGCUGCGGGCACCUCUUUGGCUACACCUGCAUUGAGAGGUGGCUCAGGGGGCAGGCGGGGAAGUGCCCCCAGUGCAAUAAGAAGGCGAAACGCUCUGACAUUGUGGUGCUGUACGCCCGCACUCUGAAAGCGCUGGACACCAGUGAGCAGGAACGCAUGAAGAGCUCUAUAGAAAAGGAGCAGAUGUUGCGGAGACGGGCCGAGCUGGAGUCUGCACAGAGCCGUCUCCAGUUGCAGGUUUUGACAGACGAAUGCAGCAAGCUCCGCAGGCAAGUUCAGGAGCUGAAGGCUCUGGUGGCCCAGCACAACGCAAGUGCUUCUCAGCAACCUGGCAGAUUCCGCACCGGCUUCCCAGGUGGCCUCCCCUCCAGCCAAAGCCAGCGCAAGUACCACUUGGAAAAGGUCUUCGUGGUGUCUCAGGCGGGGAACUGCAGAGUGAUGGCAUACUGCGACUCGCUGGGCUGUCUCGUGGUAUCGCAGCCUUCUCCACAGUCUACUUUUAUUCCUGGCUGUGGCGUUAAGAUGAUGAGCGUGGCCAACCUGAAGAGCAGUCAGUACAUCCCCAUCCACAGCAAACAGAUUCGGGGGCUGGCUUUCGGCAGUCGUGCGGACGGCUUGCUGCUCUCUGCCGCUCUGGACAGCACUCUCAAACUGACCAGCUUGGCAACAAACACUGUGGUACAGACAUACAAUACUGGCCGUCCUGUCUGGAGCUGCUGCUGGUGUCUCGAUGACACAAAUUACAUCUAUGCUGGGUUGGUCAACGGCUCCAUCAUGAUCUAUGAUUUGAGAGACACUAACUCCCACGUCCAGGAACUGGUCCCUCAGAAGUCCAGGUGCCCCAUGGUGUCGCUGUCUUACCUGCCCCGAAUGGCCUCGGCCUCAUUGCCUUACGGUGGGAUACUAGCUGGGACCUUGGAAGGAGCCUGUUUUUGGGAACAGAAGGCUGGCAACUCCUACCGGCCUCAUCACCUGCUGCUGGAACCAGGAGGAUGCAUUGAUAUUCAGACAGAGAUCAGCACGCGGCACUGCCUCGCGACCUACAGGCCCAGUAAAAACAACCCGUGCGUGCGUUGCGUCAUGAUGGAACUGACCUGCAGCCCGCUGGCAGAAGCCUCAGAAGACGUGGUGUGUUCUUCUAACCCGGUGCAGACUUUCAGUGCUGGGCCCACCUGCAAGCUGCUGACCAAGAACGCCAUUUUUCAGAGCCCGGAGGAGGAUGGCAGCAUCUUUGUGUGUGCUGGCGAUGAGGCAUCUAAUUCUGCCAUGCUCUGGGAUGCCGGCAGUGGCUCCUUGCUGCAGAAGCUGCAGGCUGACCUGCCCGUGCUGGACAUCUGCCCCUUGGAGGUGAACCAAACCCACCUGCUGGCCACGCUCACCGAGAAGAUGGUGAAUGUCUACAAGUGGCAGUGAGCGUGCUCCCUGCGGUGCCUGCCCCGGGGGCUUCCAGACGAGCUGCUGCUGAACCCCACAGCGACAGCACAGUCCCGGGCUCAGCUGUCCUGCACGUGCUGCUUACAGGAGAUGGGAGCUGCCACAGCACGUUUCUGGCAGUCGUCAGGAACUAGGACACUCAGGUGCCUGCGGCGCUUCCCUUCUUCCUCCAUCUUCCUUUUUAGGUCUGUCGUUAUUUCUUCUUUGGUCAAUUUUCUUCAGUCAACCUGAGCAAGCUGCCUCAGCACAGCAAUAAUUCUUGGCCUGUCUCCAGUGUGUGUUGCUGCGCUCUUCUCCAGUGUGAAGAGAGCACAGGGAUUUGCAGGUCUCUUCUACGAAUCGACAAAAUAAAAGGAACUUGAAGACCUGAGACUCCCACUGUACUUUCACAUGGAAUCCUGCUGUGAUUACUGGGUGAUGAAAAGGCGGCGAUAUUGGCAUCUCACUAGCGCUGCUGAUACUUGGCGUAAAAGCGAGUUCACUACUUCAGAGAACGUGUUCCCAUGUUCUUUUUUUGACGGUCAAGGGCAAAGGCAGUUGGCAGUUCCUACUGAGGAGAGGCCCUGUGUCGUGGCCAUGGAGAGAAGAGGCUUGCAAAAUCUGUGGAGAGCCAGGUUCUUUGUGGGUUGUGUUGUUUCUCUCCCCAUAAGCAUAUAUUUUGCACUGUAAUUCCUGAAUUCUGCCCGUUUCCUUCCCCUUCUCUAUUUCCCCUUCACCCACUGCCAACAUCCAAGCAAACUUGGGCAGUUUGGUUGUGGAAAAUAAAAACUCUACUCCUAGAGAACUAAAGGUAAGGAGCAGGAGACAAUUCUUGUGCUGCUGCCUGCUGCAGUUCACGGUGUCCUUCCUUGAAGACACUGAUGCACUGAAACAGGCAGCAGUUUGGAAAAGGUCGCUGGCUUCCCCCCUCCUCCUUGGCUUUGAGAAACAUGGAAACUCAGGGAUUUCAUUAGCUUCCUUUCAGUGACCCUCUGCUGUCCUUAAAUCCUAGCUGCCAGUCCCAGGCAGCGUCCAGCUGCCUCGGUACGUGCGUGUGUUGCGGCGUCGCUGCUGUGAAGCCGAGCCAGCCCCGUAGUGCCUCAUGUGGGGCCGUGCAUCGGGGUAUGAGCCCUGGCCAGGUCCGGGGGAUUCUUAGCACCUUUUCUGUAAAUAUGCUGCGGGUGUGAGAGUGCUCAUUUCCAAGUCAGAUCGUGAAACGGGACUUAGGUUUCAUUUCGUGUAGGGAAAGCAAAACUGCAAGGAUGUUGUAGAAGCUGCAAGACAAGUUUCUGUGCUGGAAACACUUCCCUAGGCACAGCUCUGACUGUGGUAAGCAGCAUCUGUCGUGGGCAGGGCGAGUGUGUUACCACUUAAACUGCCAGCACAGUUUUGUUUUCUGGAGUCUGGGAUGUAUGCAGUAUGAGCCUGUUUGUCGUACCUCUGACAAAUGAGACUGAGAUCUCUGCUCAACUUUGUAUUUUCUGUAUAAUCUUUCUAUACUUUUAUAAACACUGUAAAAAUAAAGUGUUUUUCAAAUAUAGUUGGUGCUGCUGUACCGUAGAAAUGCAUCUUAGCAGUAUGUAGUCUACUUUGUGAGUAUGAAGGAGCGUCCCCAUCGCAGGUAAGCCUUCUCAUGCUUUGUACCGUUUCCACGCGGCACCAAGGUUCAGGCUGAAAUAAGGGUUGGCUGUUGGUGAAGGAAGUGUCCUGAACCACGCUUCUCUGAUCAGGCCAGGGGAAGGAGAGGGCUGAACAAAACUGGGCUGCGUACCUGGGGCAGCCUUUUAACUUGAAAUAAACUCAGUGUGAG